AUGGGGUCCAAAGCUAUAUCUGCUCAGCUGAUUCUGUUUGUGUCUAUGUUUUGGUUGCGUAUGACAUCCGCCGAACAGGUAGCCUUGGUGGAAAUCUCUCUGCAGGGACGCCAGGACAUCAGUAACACUUUACGCGGAGAAGUGAUCGAGGGUAGUUUGAGCGACAAGAGCCCGGAUAGAAAAGAAAAUGGCAAUCUUAAAGGAGACCUGCGAUUACUGCAUGAAGAUGAACCCCUAAAUGCCGACGACCGUGAGCCGAAGGAUGAUAGUAAGGCGACGAAUCCGUGGAUAGGUGUCGUCCCUGUCGAAGUGGAAGAUGGCAAAAGUCCUGUCGGUAGUCAAGAGUCCUUCGCAACUGCUAUGGUCAAUAAGAUGAAGCGGGCACUUGUUCUAGGAGCGUCUGCACUUAUUAUCCUGGCCCUCAACCAAAACACUGUCCGAGAGAUGGAUCUCUCUCAAGUGCUCUCAAAACCAAUCAUAGUUAUUCAGACAUCUGAAAAUGUCACAAAACUCAUUGGAGCGCUCCUUAGGGGCCUGCACGCCACUGCAAAAAUCACAUACAAGACCUUUCUAAAGGACAACUUGGGGGCCACUCUGACUUUGUGGUCGAGCUGUGGGCGAUCGAGAGGUGGUCUGUACGGAGAGUGGCAAGGGGUCAUCUGUACUGGAGAGACCAACUCCCAGGUCCAGAAAUAUCUGCAGCAGCUGUGGAACACAGUAGUUCUAGUAGCGCUCAUCCUCUGUACCGGGGUUCUUGUCCAAGCUCGCUGGCAGUAUCAGGACAAUCAGUUCAGCGACGACCUGGAGUUACUUCCCAAGCAGGACAUCAUUAAGAGGCUAUCAGCUCUGAAAACAAGGACUUACAUUCAACCAAAGACAUGGGGCGACCCGUCGCAGCCUACAGAAACAGACAACUGUGCUGUUUGUCUAGAACAGUUCAAUAACAACCAGUGUUUGAGAGUGUUGCCCUGCCUGCAUGAGUUCCACAGGGACUGCGUGGACCCUUGGUUAUUGCUUCAGCAGACCUGUCCUUUAUGCAAGCGUAGCGUACUUGGUAAUUUUUGUUGAUGGUUGGUUGAACGUUCAGGACUGGGGCAGGAGGAAGGACAGCCCAUCUUGGACAUGCGUUUGUGACCUGGAAACAGACUCAUGUCUUCCCGAGUACUGUACAGAGAGAGGUCCCUUGGUGUGAGCGGAUCUCAAUUGACUGCACAAAUAUUGCUCACACCCCAGACAAACAAACUGUGGCAGUCUGGGGGUGAACAACUGCCUGAACCACAGGAACAGAAAAUAAUAGAAUUUCUGUAUCCAUGACUUUGAACAGCGUACUUCUGACAGUAGUCUAGUGAGUAGAUUCUGUUACACUCAAGUUUUAGUACUGUAUUUUUAGUUCUGCUUGUCGGCACGCAAUCUUUGUUGGUUCAGUCUGUAUGAAACUCUUCACCAUUUAAAGCUAACAAAGGGCCUAUGGAUAGGAUGUUCUCUGCAAAUAUGCCUACAGUGGACGCAACAGGAAUGUUACACAAAGCCAACUGGUUGAAAAUGUAUAACAAUAUAUUUUUUUAUUAAUGAUUUUAAUUCAAAGCAUGGCUGCUUAUACCCAGAUAUGUUCAUUCUAAAUUCAGACUUUGGACCAAGCCCCUGAAUACAGAUGAACCACCAAUAUGCUCAGCAAAUACAUGCAAUUGAGAAUUAUUAAUCCAUAUCCAAUAAUCCUGUAUUAAGUAUAGGAAAUAAUUAUACUAUAUUUUGUCAGUUACGAAACCCUACAAAACCUGAAGAGCAUGGUCAGUAUUCAAAAUAGCUGCUGAAUAUGGGUAGUUUGGGCUGGUUCACCCAAACAUACACCAUAACAAUGUUUAUAUGCACAAGAUUUAACAUGGUGUAUUACUGUGUUCUUAACAUUUCAAGGCACUCCUAUAAGCCGCAAGUCAAAGAAUUUGUCCAUUUUAACUCCUCUGCAGCAGGUCAGAGGCUCAUUGACGUACUCUUAAAACAACUCUGUACUGAUGUUGGGAUACAACCUUUAAGCUAAUACAAAAGGGCCAACCUCUGACCUAAGGGAAGAUUGGAAGGUCACCUUCCACCAUGAGAUGUUCAUCUCACGUGCUGGUUCAAGAUUCUACAGACAUUUAACAAAUUGACAAGGAAUAAUUGCUUAAAUUAUUUAUUUUGUUUUUUUCCCCCUCCCCCUCCUUAUCUUUUACUCUUGCUUCAAGAAAAGCAAUCAUAAAAAUGUCCUCUUACAAAAAAAGCAUGUUGUUGAACAUUGCAUGAUGGCACUCACUGCGUUUCACUGGAAACUUCCACCGAGUGAUCAUACCCACAGUUGACCUCACUGUCUAGCUGACAUUUACGAGCUAAAAGCCCUGAAUGCUUGUCAACUAGUCUCUACAGCCCCUGUAAAGACCUAUGGUUUGAAAUGUCUACAAUCACAGCAUGGCAGAGGAUACCUUCACACACACGCACACACACGCACACACACGCACACACACGCACACACCUGUCAGGGAGAGUCUGCUUGGACCUGUCUUUACCUGUAAACUCUUUGAUUUCUUUUGUUGAUCACUAAAAAUGUUGCAAGAGUUAA